CAAUUUAAUUCUUAAUGUUAAAUGGCUUCUGACACAAAAAAUAAUAUUUCGAUCGUAAAUUUAAAUGAAUAAAUUAAAUUAAAAAAUAUCUCAUAUACUUUUAGAUUUUGAUAUUUGUAAUUUAGCGGGUUGUAAUACAGGAAGUGAUGAAACGGCGCGCGCAGCCGGAUGCUGCGCGCGCAUACUGAAUGAACUAACAAAGAGCACUUGACAAAUUUCAUUCUUCCAUGUUAACGAUUGAGCGGUUUAUUUCCAGAAAACCUCAUUUGAAAUUUGUUUUUCGUUAUGGCAAGUUUAUUUAUCAAGUGAUUUUUUCAUAGAAAUCGAUGAAAAACUGAUCGACCAAAUGAUGCUCCAAACGCGUAAGUUCCUGCGGGGUGGGCGAGGGACGCCAUGACAGUCGUCGUAUUUUCUGUUAACCGUAAGCACGUAUUCUCUUGCCAGCGUUUUCGUGAAAUUGUUGCGCAGGUUGGCGCCUAUCUGGAUCAAAAUUGGCAAGUCCGUUUCCUGAAUUUCGCGGACUUUCCUUAGAAUAUAUUGUGGAGGUGGAGAGCGAGGGCGCGUGGCCAUUAUCAGGGAUUUGCUUGUGGGUACCCGUGGCGAGGUGAGACGUCGAGAGGCGGCGAAAGGCGUCCCCCCCUGCGUCGGGACGCGCGUCUCCCUGUAUACGAGACGGCCUAGGGCCGACCAAGCGAGAUGCCAGAACCGCCGACGGCACCGUACACCACGUGAGUCCACCCUCCAAGCUCUCUUGAUUAUCGCUUCAGCCCUCUUCAACAGUUUCUAGAAAUCCCCUUGCCCCCGAAUCCCAAGGAACCUCCAUCUUGUAGCCUCUUGUCCUCGUUCUACGAGUCACGAUAAUUGACGCGUCAUAUGCCUGAAACACCAGAAGAUGGUGCCCGUGAACCCUCUCUUAGCUGCGAGAGGAUCUACGGCGAAUCCUGGCAAAUGUGGAAAUAUACCUGCGUCCUCAUUCGAGCCGCUGGAUGAGAAAUGAAAUAUAUCAAAAACAUUUAAUUAGUAUCCUUCAGUGAAUAAAGAUGAACAGUGAGCAGCAUGCAUUGCCAGCGACUACGCAGGCACAACAAGAGGAUGUAAACGCGGGUCAAAGUGGUCGUCCUUCAUACCCAGGUGGUUUGGCUACAGCAACCAGUCUUGGCAAUGUAGGAAGUACCCCGCAUUCAUCCGCGGACCUGCGUGUAGGUACAGCCGUAGCGUUAGCCUCCUCGGUAGCUAAAUAUUGGGUCCUCACCAAUCUCUUUCCUGGACCGCUACCUCAGGUCUCGGUCUAUCAUCAUUCCCACCACAACUCCUCACAUAGGAGUAGUGGAGGUGGAGAGGCAUCUUCCAAAGAGCCAGCCUCUUCAUUGAAUCAAGAAAUGGCGUUAACUUCCAGUUCACAUCAUCAAUCAACACCUACACAUCAUCAUCAUCAAUCUUCAGUUAGCAGUAGCAGUCAUCAUAGUUCUUUACAACCAAAUUCACAGAUACCAGUUUCUCUACCAGGCCUUAAUUUAGACGGACCACAUAUACCUGCCAGCGUCAGUCAUUUACAGGCAGCACAUGCACAAAUGCAGCAACAAAUGCAGGCAGCACAACAGCAACAGCUGCAUCAACAGCAGCAACCACAGCAGCAGCAGCAACAACAAUCUCACCAUCAAAUGCAAAAUCAUCAAAAUGCUCAGAACAGUGGACCAACUGCACACAAUCAAAACGCACAGAGGGAUGAUAACAAAGUGAAAGAUGAAGGUGGAAGUUGUACAACUGAACGUUGCAGUGAGAAUCAGGUUCACUGUCAAGUUCAAUGUGAUCUCCAAUUACAAACAUCUCAGGAUUUACAACAAAGUCUUAUGCAACAGCAACAACAGCAGCAACAGCAACAAAUUGGUGUGAACAUAAGUGGGAAUUCAUCGAACGAAAGUGGAAGUCAAAAUAAUACAGAGAAACCUGAAAAAGAAAAAGAAUUGCGUCAACUAAAUAUGACGCAAUUUCAAGUGCCAGAUUUAAAACCAGCAGGUCACAUGAUGGAUGUAAGAACAGCUGAUGGUUCAGUUGUGAAAAUCAGUGCUGGAAAUGAGCAAGAUUUAGCAAAAACACUUGGUGUUGAAAUGGUAAAUGUCGAAGAUAUUAAUCAACUUUUAGCAUAUCAUGAAGUAUUUGGAAAACUACAAAGUGAAAUAGCAGCUGGUACAACUUUAGUUGGAAGUACAGUUCCUACUCAAACAGUUACCACUAUACAGAAUGGAACUCCAAUUGUACAACAAGUUCAAUUAAAUAAAUUUGAUAUUAAAUCAAGUGAUGGUGAAGCUACACCAGGCCCAAGUGCUUCGCCUGUAUCAGUUGGAAGUCAUGCAUGCGAAAUAUGUGGAAAAAUUUUUCAGUUUCGCUAUCAGCUUAUUGUUCAUCGUAGAUACCAUACGGAAAGGAAACCUUUCACUUGUCAGGUGUGUGGCAAGGCCUUUUUAAAUGCAAAUGAUUUGACACGGCAUGGAAAAUGUCACUUAGGUGGAUCCAUGUUUACUUGUACAGUUUGUUUUCAUGUAUUUGCAAAUGCACCAUCUUUGGAACGUCAUAUGAAGCGACAUGCUACCGAUAAACCAUAUAAUUGUACUGUAUGUGGGAAAAGUUUUGCAAGAAAAGAACAUUUAGAUAACCAUACGCGUUGUCAUACUGGAGAAACACCUUACAGGUGUCAAUAUUGUUCAAAGACUUUUACUAGGAAAGAACAUAUGGUAAAUCAUGUUCGUAAACAUACGGGUGAAACACCUCAUCGAUGUGAUAUUUGUAAAAAGAGCUUUACUCGCAAAGAACAUUUUAUGAAUCAUGUUAUGUGGCAUACAGGAGAAACUCCUCAUCAUUGCCAAGCUUGUGGCAAGAAAUAUACACGUAAAGAACAUCUCGCAAACCAUAUGCGUUCACAUACCAAUGAUACACCAUUUCGCUGUGAAAUAUGCGGUAAGUCGUUUACGAGAAAGGAGCACUUCACGAACCACAUAAUGUGGCACACGGGUGAGACGCCGCACCGCUGUGAUUUCUGCUCGAAGACAUUCACGCGAAAGGAGCAUCUCUUGAACCACGUUCGCCAGCACACGGGUGAGUCUCCACACCGAUGCGGCUUCUGCUCCAAAUCGUUCACCAGAAAGGAACACCUUGUUAACCACAUCCGCCAACACACAGGAGAGACGCCUUUUCGCUGUCAAUACUGUCCGAAAGCAUUUACGCGGAAGGAUCAUCUGGUGAACCAUGUCAGACAACACACGGGUGAGUCACCGCACAAGUGCCAGUAUUGCACCAAAUCCUUCACGAGGAAGGAACAUUUGACAAAUCACGUGCGUCAACACACAGGCGAAUCGCCACAUCGAUGCCACUUCUGCUCCAAGUCAUUUACUCGUAAGGAGCAUUUGACGAAUCAUGUGCGAAUCCACACCGGCGAAUCACCGCAUAGGUGUGAAUUCUGCCAGAGAACGUUCACCAGGAAAGAACAUCUAAAUAAUCAUCUCCGUCAGCACACCGGAGAUUCGUCGCACUGUUGUAACGUGUGUUCAAAACCAUUUACAAGAAAGGAACAUCUCGUAAAUCAUAUGCGAUGUCAUACUGGUGAACGUCCAUUCGUAUGCACAGAAUGUGGCAAAAGCUUUCCAUUGAAGGGCAAUCUGCUUUUCCACAUGCGCUCGCACAAUAAAGGCAGCAAUGCCGAGAGACCGUUCCGCUGCGAUCUUUGUCCAAAAGACUUCAUGUGCAAAGGGCACUUAGUGUCUCACAGACGAUCGCAUUCGGACGAGCGACCACACAGCUGUCCAGAUUGUGGGAAAACAUUCGUUGAGAAAGGGAAUAUGUUGAGACAUUUGAGAAAACACGCGGCGGAAGGACCGCCGACACAAGUCAGCACGCCCUCAGCAAUUCCUCAGUCGGGUGUUCUGCCGAUCCCGGCGGCAGCUGUCCUGGUUGGCCAUCCUUUGGCCCCCCCUGCGCCACCUGUAGUCCCACAACACACCGUUGUUGUGCCUACUCCCCCCGGGAUUCAGUGAAUUGUUAAUAUUGGUGUAUUUUUGAGAGUAUGUAUUUGCAUAUUCAAUUCUAACUCGAGGAAUUCAAUAAGGAAAUGUUAAUAAAUUGUAUUCGAAAAAAUGCCAAUCCUACACCAGCGUAUGGUACGAUAAGAUAUAAUGGAGCAGUUAAAUUUGAAAAAAAUGGUAAUAAAUAUUUUAACAAUUCUCCACGCAGUACGUAUAUUGGAUUUUCGCCACCGUGCACAAAAAUAAAUAAAUGGUUGGAAAAAUCGAAAAACAAAAAAACAAUAGAAAAGAAAGAUAGCGUAUGCAAAAAUUCCAUAGAAUCCAGCAUUCUAUCAUGUUGUGGAAAAGAAAGUAGCCAUUGUACAUGUAAGGACGAGGAAUCGUUAGAAAACAAAAGAAAAAAGCUGAGCAAAGAGUCUUCAAUUUGUUACACAAACUGGGAAGAAAUCCAAAAGUUAACAGACACUUCAGAAACGAAAUUAACAGAUUCAUUCGAGAGAUUGUUUAAUUGUAUAAAAAAUAGCACAGAUACAAACAUAUAUCUAGAUCUGUUUGAACCUUAUCCUCGAGAAGAACGACGAAUAAAAGGGAAAGAUUCAACACCACCUGUAUAUAAUAUAACUCUGAUUCUUCCGCAGUGUAUUUGCUUAAAAAAUUAUCAACAAAGCAAACAACUUGAAAACAACAAGAAUGAUGAAAAUAUUUACGAGAAAUCCGAAACUAUAAGCGAAUUGAUAUGUGCACCUAGUAUCAUAGAAUUUUCAUGGAAUGUAAUGCAGUCUGGUAUAAUUGAGAAGAUACCACAGAAAUAUGUAACAAAUAUUUUUGAGUAAGAUGUUAUUUUAUCAUAAAAUAAAAUGUUUGCACUUUUUAUCCGCGUAAGUAUAAUUUAU